AUGCUCAAACACCAACAGCUUCGAGUGGCAUUUUUGGCUGUUAUCCUCCUGAUUUUUAUUGGGUUGGUUCAGUUGGUUGCUGUCCUGAUUGUCAUAUUAUCGGCUGAUUCAACGACACCGGUUAUUGCGUCUGUGUCCACGCCAACCGACUCAACGACACCGGUCACUGCCUGGCCGUCCACGCCAACCGACUCAACGACACCGGUCACUGCCUGGCCGUCCACGCCAACCGACUCAACGACACCGGUCACUGCCUGGCCGUCCACGCCAACCGACUCAACGACACCGGUCACUGCCUGGCCGUCCGCCAACCGACUCAACGACACCGGUCACUGCCUGGCCGUCCACGCCAACCGACUCAACGACACCG